UUCCCGACCCUUCACCUUGAGUUUCUCUUCAGUCGCUUCGCAAGUAGCGAAGCAGCAGCCCUCACACGAGGUAAAGAUUGCUUCACGAAAGCUAUGGAUAAGAUGGGCGGCACCGUGACAGCAGCUGUGGUCCUCCUCUUGAUCACGGGGUCUUGUUGCUUCGCUUCUGUUGUCAUAAAAGACACGCGUCUCGGCCAAAUCAAGGGUAACCGACUGAAUGUUCUCGGUCGUGCUGUGGAAGAGUAUCGCGGGAUCCCGUACGCGCAACCACCCUUGGGCAGGCUGCGCUUCAGGCCACCCGUACCUGCUGAACCAUGGGAGGGUACACUAGAUGGCAGGUCCAGACGAACUGCAUGUCCGCAGGUAUUCUUCCUUCCCCAAGCAUUUGCUAACAUCGAGCACACGGAAGACUGCCUGCACCUGAAUGUAUGGAGCCCUCAAGAGCGGGGAACCGAUGAAGCCGUUCCCGUGCUCGCUUGGAUCCACGGUGGCGGCUUUGUGCAGGGAUCAGCUACGCAGAAAAUUUACGACGGUGCCGUUCUAGCUGCGAGGACAGGUCUGGUCAUAGUGACCUUGAACUAUCGUCUCGGUUUCCUGGGCUUCCUGGACACGCAGUCACCAGACGCACCAGGCAACGUCGGUCUCCUGGACCAAAACAUGGCCUUGAAGUGGAUCCGGGACAACAUCGCACUAUUCGGUGGUGACCCUUCGAGAGUGACCAUUUUCGGCGAGAGCGCCGGUGGCAUGAGUGCUCACGCACAUGUCAUCUCGCCCAUGAGCAGUGGUCUUUUCAUCAGGGCGUGCCUAAUGAGUGGGACUCUGCAUCGCCACGGCUUCUACCAGACAGUGAAUGAAAGUAUAAGUAAAGGAAACGCUGUUGCCGCAGCAGUCGGCUGUUCGUACCACGGCAGGAACCUGACUACUAACCGUGAAGCUGUUGUUGAAUGUCUGCGCUCUAAAAGUGCGUUUGAACUCGCCCGUGUAUCAAGUGACAUAUUCAAGCCCAAGAUAUUCCCAUUCCUGCCAACUUAUCCUAAUCAGUUCCUCCCUGUGGAGCCCAGCACCGCUGUCGAUCAAGGACUGUUCAAUGCAGCCGACCUCAUGGUUGGAGUCACCGCGGACGAGGGCGCACUAGCGCUAAUGUUACCUAUGAGGAACGAUAUCCUUCCGAACAGCGUGCACGGCCUCGUUGGGAAACAAUUUCAAGGCUCUCUACGUGAGGGUGUCUACGCGUGGCUGAAGACAAACUUUUCCAGGCCGCUGGAUGUAUACACAGCUGACACUCAUGACAAGAGAUCCCUGAGGCGCGCCUACGUGGAUUACCUAUCGGACUCAAUAUUCGUUUGCCCAAUGCACAUCACUGCUGAGGGACAUUCUAACAAGGAACAGUCAGUGUACUCCUACGUCUUUGGUCACUUGUCUAAGAAGAAGGCGCUUCCCGCGUGGAUGGGGACACCACAUGGCUCUGAUGUCAGCUACGUAUUCGGAAUUCCCCUUGCUGACAAAGAACGUUUCAGUGCAGAAGAUGCCGAAGUGUCUCAAGUGAUGAUGACGGCUUGGUCAACUUUCGCUUCCACUGGGGUGCCCCAGCUUCCAGGAGAGUACCCGUGGCCCAAGUACACUGCUGACAACCCGGUCUCAGUUUAUAUUUCUGCUGACAACGUAACAGAUAUCUCUGGAUUUCAUAUGGAGAAGUGCAACGUUUGGAAGUCCUACUGGAAAAUGUAGAGCGACGUUUCUUAUUAAAGGACGAUUUCUUCAAAUAUGCA